UCAAAGUGGACUCCCUCUACCCACAUGCGCCCAGUAAAUAUAAUCCCUCAAUUUCUUUAAACUUAUUUUCUCCUCCAAAUUUCUCAGCGAUAAGCAACCCAACAUGGCUUCUUCUUCUAUCCCUUCUGCGAUCCUGCAAACGCAGGUCCAGACACUUAAGCACUCCACUCGCCGAUCAUCCGUAAGCCCAAUCACCGCUUCUGUCUCUGAAAAACCAUCUACAACUAACUCACCCCUGAUUGUUUCCCCAACCGAAUCAUCAAAACUUCCGAUUCGUAAAAUCCCUGGAGAUUAUGGCCUUCCAUUUUUCGGACCCAUCAAAGAUCGUCUUGAUUAUUUCUACAAUCAAGGCAGAGAGGAGUUCUUUAAGUCAAGAAGCCAAAAGUAUCAGUCAACUGUGUACAGAACCAACAUGCCACCAGGUCCUUUUAUCUCUAAAAACCCACAUGUUGUCGUUGUGCUUGAUGGCAAGAGCUUUCCUGUACUUUUCGAUGUAACCAAAGUCGAGAAGAAAGACCUUUUUACUGGUACUUAUAUGCCCUCUGUAGACCUCACCGGCGGCUACAGAGUUCUUUCUUAUCUCGACCCGUCAGAGCAGAAACACACUCAACUCAAGCAGCUCUUGUUCUAUCUUUUGAAGUCUCGUCGGGAUCAUGUUAUCCCCGAGUUCGCUUCUUCUUACACGGAACUGUUUGAUGGUCUCGAGAAAGAUCUAGCAUCUAAAGGUAAAGUGAGCUUUAACGAUCCCGGUGAGCAAGCUGCUUUUAGCUUCUUGGGUAAGUGUUAUUUUGGUACUAAUCCAGUGGAUAGCAAAGUGGGAACUGAUGGGCCUUCGUUGAUUGCGAAAUGGGUAUUGUUUCAACUCGCUCCUAUUCUCACUCUUGGCUUACCAGCAAUUCUUGAAGAACCACUUAUCCACACAUUCCGUCUUCCUGCUUUUCUAAUCAAGAAAGACUACAAACGUCUCUACGAUUACUUCAAUUCCUCUGCCGGAUCUCUACUCGACGAAGCUGAAAAGAUGGGCAUUUCCAGAGAUGAAGCUUGUCACAAUCUUCUUUUUGCCACAUGCUUUAACACCUUUGGCGGCAUGAAAAUCUUCUUCCCCAACAUACUAAAGUGGAUCGGCCGCGCUGGUGUCGCACUCCAUACGGAGCUUGCUAAAGAGAUCAGAUCAGUACUUAACGGUGGAGAGGUGACGAUGAGCGCACUCGAGCAAAUGCCUUUGAUGAAAUCAGCAGUUUAUGAAGCUUUCCGUAUCGAGCCACCAGUGCCAGCACAGUACGGGAAAGCUAAGCGCGACAUAGUCAUUGAAAGUCACGACGCAGCGUAUGAAGUCAAAGAAGGGGAAAUGAUAUUCGGGUAUCAGCCAUUUGCAACUAAAGAUCCCAAAAUCUUCGACCGACCGGAGGAGUAUGUUCCCGAUAGGUUCGUGGGAGAGGGAGAGAAGCUGCUGCAGCAUGUGCUGUGGUCAAAUGGACCCGAGACGGAGCAUCCGACAAUCGGGAAUAAGCAGUGUGCAGGUAAAGACUUUGUUGUCUUCAUUUCAAGACUUUUCGUUGUUGAAAUUUUCCGUCGAUAUGAUUCGUUUGAGAUUGAGGUUGCAUCGUCAACGUUGGGUUCUUCUGUAACCAUCACGUCUUUGAAGAGAGCAACUUUUUAGAAGCAAAAUUGCACAAGAAAAUUGGAAACUUCGUCUGCGGAAUAUUCAUGAUUUGGUGGUUAUGUUGUCAUCAUAGCUGGAAAAAUAUUUGAAGUGGUUGUCUGCGAUUUUAAUCAAUACUGGUUUUUGUUUGCAACUCUUGGAAAUAAUUAAUAAAAAAGAAAUUUACUGCUUACUUUCCUAA